AUGUCCCGCGAAGCCUACACCCCCCAAAUCUCCUCCUCCCAAAACCCCGCCCCCGGCGCCUCCUCCACCACCAACAACACAGGCGGCACCUUCAACAUAACCGGCGCCAGCAACACCUUCGAAGACACUUCGCGCCCGGUGGCCUAUCUGUGUGGGGACUGCGAUGCCAAAGUCACGCUGAAGAGCGGCGAUGCGAUAAGGUGCAAGGAGUGUGGGUAUCGGGUUCUUUAUAAGGAGAGGACGAAUAGGAUGAUUCAGUUUGAGGCGCGAUGA